CCCCACUCUGUAUGUGUGUGCCUGUGUUACCAACGCCGCUUGCAAGCCUGAAAUUGCUGGAGCAAAGCAAGCCGGAGGAGGAAACCGCCAGCGUUUACACAGAGAAAAGGACAAUUCACUGAACGCAAGGAGAAGAGAGUGAGAGAAAGAGAGUCAGGGAAAAUUAGGAAUAAUUAAAAUAAUUCAACUGGAUAACACUGAUUGCAUAUCCAUUCCCCUACAUUAGCUUUUCCCAAGAAUGGCAAGCGGGCAUCCCACUGACAAAUUCAGUUUCUUGUACCAACCCGAAAGCUGUCAAAACUUGAAGAGCAAGAGUAGACUGUCUUCCACCAUGAACCCGGUUUAUAGUCCCGUGCAGCCCGGGACUCCAUACGGAAACCCCAAGAGCAUGGCAUACACAGGCUACCCCGGAGGUUAUCCCACCACAGCACCUACCUACACACCCAACCUCUAUCAGACCGGCAACCCAGCCUACCCACCAGUGCUGCUGGUGAAGCAGGGCUGGGCACAGACCUCCACCUCAGGGCCCACUGAGGGUUCCUAUGACCUGGCGGUGGACGCGGGCUCAGAGAGCAGAUCUUACCAGGCCUCGUCUGCAGCAUUCAGAUACACCGCUGGGACCCCUUACAAGGUGCCCCCCACUCAGACCAAUGGAGCCCCCCCACCCUACUCCCCGUCCCCCAACCCCUACCAGACGGCCAUGUACCCAAUCAGAAGUGCCUACCCCCAGCAGAAUCUCUAUCCUCAGGGUGCGUAUUACACACAGCCGGUGUAUGCCGCGCAGCCUCAUGUGAUCCACCACACCACGGUGGUGCAGCCCAACAGCCUCCCCUCUGCCAUAUACCCAGCCCCGGUGCAGGCCCCGCGCUCCAACGGCGUGGCCAUGGGCAUGGUGGCAGGGACCACUAUGGCCAUGUCAGCAGGAACCUUGCUGACCACCCCACAGCACACUCCCAUUGGAGCUCACCCCGUUACCGUGCCAACGUACAGGCCUCAAGGGACGCCUGGGUACAGCUAUGUGCCUCCUCACUGGUAAACCAUCAGCCAAUUCAUAUCUGGAGUCAAACAUUGUAUGCAACUACUCAAGUCUUACAUCGGUGCACUGUGGUCAACAUCAGAGCACUGCGUCUGUUUGCAAGAACAAAAAAAAGUGCAAAGGUCACUUUAUGCAUUCUUUCGUGUUUUUGUAAAAGCUGCUUUUAAAACCUUUUUUUUUUUUUUUUUGUAAGUUUUUAUUUUAUUUUUUGCACCUCUCUGUUGUAUUUUUAUUUUAUUUAUCCACAGUUUCUUUCACAGGAACUCCAGAAUGGCGCAGACCAAACGCAGUAGUUGAGGAUUUUGUUUUUCGUGUUAACGCUGCUCACGUCUCCUGGCCGAUUCCAGCUAUAGGAAUGUGCAGACUGCACCCUCAUCGUUAUCUUAGUCUUCAUUAUAACCAUAAUCAUCUUAUGCUGCCAAAUUUUCUAAGGAUUAGAUGUUAGCACAGGGUCUUUUUUAUGUUCUUUUCCCAGCUUCCUCUGGGAAGAGCUGACUGGAGAUUGUUUAGUUUAUUUUCCUUUCAGAUAUACUUUGGCCUUGGUUUCAUCUUCCAGUCCAGAGAAUAAGGGUCGUCUUCCAGCUUGUAGCAAAUAUUAGGUAGACGUGUUCUAAAUAUACCCACUGUAUGACCAUGUAAACGCGAUAAUCCCUUCGCUAGGAAAAAAAUAAUUCUGUAAUCUUAGUUAUACACUACGUAGAAGAUAUUUAAGUAAGUUGGUGGCAUAAUUAGCUUGUACGUCAAGAUAUACCGGUAGUAAGCAAUCUUUUAAAUAUAUAAGUAUAUUUUAUAAGUAUGUGCUUGUGUGUACUCGCACAAACACACAUACACACACACAAACACACUCGUAUAGUGCAUAGGGUGUGCUGUAUUGCACGUUGACCAGGAUCUAGUUGCAUCACUUUGCUCAGAAUCCAGGCUCUGAUGUGAAUGAAAGUCAUGUGCCAACAUAUGGGGGGAGGGGUUAGAGGCGGGACCCGGGUAAUUCAGGAAUUAUUCAAGGAUGUAAAGGGAUUUAAAACCAUUGAUGUAUUGUGCAUUGGACAAACACCGCUAAGAAGAUCAACUAAAAUGAAUUAAAAGUAGGCUGAAGGAUAAAGAGUAGUUAAGAACCUGCCGGAAGCCCCACCCCCCCCCGACUCCAAACUGCUGCAGGUUUAGGUUUACACAUAAUGUCUUUAAUUCAUGACAGAAAUAACUAGUUCUACCUUGUGCAACUGAAUGGCAUCUCAUUGGUCAUAAUGCAUGUGAAGAGGACUUAAUAGUUCCUUUAUACCUGCUGUCGUACCCUGGUGCAGUAGUACUUGGCAGGUAAGCGAUUGGCAGUGGAAAGGGGUUUGAUUCAGAGGAAGGAGGAUAGGUCGCAGCGUUUGCUGCAUCAUGGGCGAUAGGGAACACCUGGUGACCAAUACUGGACCCUGACAAUCAACACUGAGGUGUCAGUUACUUUAGCUUGUUUUUCUUUUCUUUACUUUUUUUUUGCCAAGCUCCCCCAUUCAUGUUGGCAUGAACAAUGGCAAUGGUAACGGUACUGGUACUGGUCAUGGUCGUGUCGUCAUAGCGAGAGCGUCCUAUUCUGGUUCCCUGUUUGGCCCCAUGACUUGGUUGAGCGUGAGAAAGGAGGCUCAGUUGGUCACAGUGGUCACAGACGAGAAGAGAAGGCAAAGAGGAACGUUGAGUAUUAUUUUCCAUUGACCGAAGUUCAGAAACCAAAAUCACACCAAUAUUUUGCGUUGCACAUUGCAUUGCAUUUCCCCACCUGAUCCAGUGCUCUACCUCUGAUCUGCACCCAUGGGAACACGCCAACACAUAGGCACAUACACACACUGUCACCCACACGCUCUCACAUACAUACACACACACACACACACACACACCCACAUAAACACACACACACAUUUUUUUUCCUGACUUUUCCUUGUUUUGUUUUCUCAGUUUUCAUGAGACGCUACCAUUUGUAAACCAGGCUUCAGUUCUGUCUGUGUCCUCCCAUGUUGUGACUGAAAGGUCAAAGUUUGUAUGGUGUAGGAAUGUCAGGUAUCAGCUGGGGUAGUAGUUUUGUGCAGCCUUCUGUUUCCUCCUGCUCGGAACGCAGAGGUCCUGUGACCACAUAUCAUCAUCGCAUUAAUAUGAGUGCACUGAUAAGCAUUGCACAAACAUCUAUGAAUAAUAAUCUAUGCUAAAAAUAGGUACUCCACAUGGGCUCUGAAAAGAAGAGCUACUUCUAUUUUUUUCAAGUUCAAUAUGGUACCCUGUAGUUUGGUCAUUUUAAAAUUAAUUGUUUGGAACAAUAUCACUUAUCCUUUUUCUGCUGAGGUUUGUUAACCACUAAUUCAGUUGCAAGUAAAGGAAUGAGAUCACAUUUGGCAGCCUAUUGCCCCAAGUAACUAGAACAUUAAAAACAUAUUCACAGGUUUGAUAGCAUGUAUGGUAUGAUUGAAUGUGUUAUAUAUGCAUCACGCAGAAUGGUGUUCUCGCUAAGCAUGGUUGCAUUACAAGAGCUGCAGGUGGAAUGAACAGGUUUGGGUUUUGCAUUUAACCCCCUCUGAAUGACGAUAUUCCCUGCGUUUAAAGUUGUUUAUAAAGCAUUUAAAGUAAGGGCAGUUGUGCAUUGGUAAAGGUUUGAUGCAGGA